CUAUUAAUUAGUUUCCUAACUACAACACUACCUCGUAAUCUUGCAGGUGUUGCUGUCGAGGAGUCUGGGAGUCUGAGAAAUAGCCUCGAGGUUACAAAAUCACUUUCUGAUAAACAUCUCGAUCUUUUAAGGCCGUCUGCUCGGUACUAUUCGGUAUUCAAAGGGCAAGCACCCGAUGCAGUGGGGAAAGGCAAGUAUACACUUAUCAAAGACGAGGAAGACUUCCAAACGGGGAUUUUCGACAAACCUCUUCCGUGUUUUGGUUGUGGGAUUGGAUGGUUUUCCUUCCUUGUAGGAUUUAUGUGUCCAUUAAUGUGGUACUAUGCUACGUUUCUCUAUUUCGGAAAUCAUUACCGUAAAGAUCCGAGAGAGAGAGCUGGCCUUGCCGCUUCUGCUAUCGCUGCAAUGGCGUGUUCUGUUGUAGUGUUGAUCGUAAUAGUUUUUGUUUUGUUUUCGACUUAAUUAUGCGGAACCGAAGUGCGUUCGUACAUGUUGAAAAUGCAUGCAAAAUCGAAAGUAUCAAAUGCAUUAGGUGCAAUGGAGGAACUGGAUCAACAUUGUGCCAUUUGCUGAGAGGAUCAUUGUAAAGAAAACAAAUAUUUGAGACAACUGGGUUUGUUUGUUUAUAGAAAUUUAUACAAGAAAUUUAUCAUUGCCAUUUUAGAGAACCGUGAAAAUGUAUGAGGCUAUGUUUAUUUGUAAGUAAUUUGACGAGUUUCAUUAAUGCAAUAAAACUUGAAUGGUUGAUGA